UAUUCAGAUUAUUGCAAUCACGAAUUUACCUUAGAUCCUCACACAGAUGAAUUCGAGAAGAAAAAUCUUGACGUUAAUAAGAUCGAGAGAAAACUGGCCAACUACUUUUUCUUAUUCAGAAGUUGUCUUUCAAAUGCCAUGUCAAAAAAUUUGCAUUGUACCGAGCCAUUUUGCCCUUUAUUUGCUUUCUCUAAUAAGGAUAAUCAGCAUUUUAUAUCAGAACUCUGUUCAUACAUAAAUAAACAUGAAGACCAUAAAAAUAAAAUUUCUACUGUUUUUUCUCCGUUAUACGAAAAAUUAAAACAAGCAAAGACAAUGCAGCGUCGUCGGAGUUCUGAUAUUCCUGUUAAACAAAACAGCUAUUCCUAUAAUCCAUAUUCUCGACGAAGUCAUUCUGAUUCAGAGCUUCCAACGUCAACUCAAUAUAUUAUGGUGACUCCACAAAAUUCGGUGCAGACGCCGGAGGGAACAUACGUUAGGGUGCCAAUUUUGG